GCGGGGAAGUUUGAUUCAGUCCGGGCGGCAGGGACGGAUCCUGCUCCUCUGCCGGACAAAGGGGCGGCGCAGGCGGGUGAGGAGCCCGGGCGGGUCGGUGGCUUGCUCUGCUGGGAUCGGGACACUGCUGGGGCAAUGAACGGGUUCGCCCCCGAAGAGGUGACCCAGAGAGGGGGGGAUGCUGUCGCCGCCACCGUCGUUGCUGCUGUUGUGGCCAAUGCAGCCGCCACCGUGGAGGUGCCGGCGCCGGGGUUAGGUGCCGGCGCUGCCGCAGGUGCCGCCGCCGCCGCCGGUUCCGCAGGGCCCCCCGGUGGUGCUGGCCCUGGGGCUGGGCAGCUGUGCUGCCUGCGAGAGGAAGGUGAGAGGUGCAGCCGAGCCGCCGGUAACGCCAGCUUCAGCAAGAGGAUCCAGAAGAGCAUCUCACAGAAGAAGGUGAAGAUCGAGCUGGACAAGAGCGCAAGACAUCUUUAUAUUUGUGACUUCCACAAAAACUUAAUUCAGAGUGUGCGAAACAGAAGAAAGAGAAAAGGCAGUGAUGAUGAUGGUGACUCACCAGUGCAAGACAUCGACACUCCAGAGGUUGACUUAUAUCAGUUACAAGUAAACACACUUCGAAGGUACAAAAGACACUUCAAGUUACAGACCAGACCAGGACUUAACAAAGCACAGCUUGUUGAAAUAAUUGGUUGCCAUUUCAGGACUAUUCCAGUGAAUGAAAAGGAUACCUUAACAUAUUUCAUCUACUCAGUGAAGAAUGACAAGAACAAACCAGAUCUAAAGAUGGACAGUGGUGUUCACUAGGAUGGAAAAAAUGGGACUAAUACUCAAGUUGCAGAUCUAAAGACUGUUUUUGACAUGCAGAAGCUUUCUUUGUAACUUUUUUUUCAGAGAACUUGUCUCUGAUCUUCUUUUUCAUGGUCUUGCUGACUCACUGAAAAACAACUUCCUCUAAAAUGAGAUUUCCUCAGCAAAAGUAUUUUAAAUAAAUAUUAUUAAUACUGUU